UAAUACCGACUUCUUUCUUGUCUUUUCGUUUUCUUCUCUUUCCACCCCCCUCCUGUUUGGCAGCCGCCUACUUGGCCACUCCUUUGAUCUAGAGGCGAACGACACGACACCUCCGUCCGAGAUAAUCCUCUCCGAGCCCUGUGCAUCCACCAAAGACACGCGAGCUUGCGUCUUCAAUCAUUGAAUCAUUCCAUCGCAAUUCGGACUCGCCCCUUUUCGACCUCAUCUCGCCUCUAUCGACGGCGCAUCUCCACCACUGUCGAAUUGCCCACAGCCACGCCUGUUCCGCGUGUCGACACCCGGCAACGCUCGUGUUCCGCCGACUUGACAAUAUCCUGAUGCGCUGAGAACGGCAACCGCUUGAACGCCACCCCAGUCGACCGCUUGCUACCGAGAUCUACACACGAACGGCCCGUCGCCGCCGCCCGCCACGAUGCAAUUCCGCACGAAGCACUCCCCUCUUCUCCUCCUCAUCCUCCCGUCCAUCGCCAGCGCCCUUGCGACGAACCCUGUCGCCGGCAAUGACCAAGAUGCGGCCCUCGCCGCAGACGUGGCCGAUCCGGCGAUGCUCAAGGGCCGUCUGGGCGUGCCCACCAAAGACGCGCCCGUCGAUGGCAAGGAUGGCAAGCCCCAUCUAGGCCCCUUUGUCGAGACGGACGGCACGGCGUCCACCGAGACCAAGGGCGAGAAGGAUCUGCCGACCCUCAAGGGGCGUCCCAAGGAUCCCACCAUUGUCGACGGCAAGAAGAUUCCCGAGUCCAAUGAUGGCGUCAUGUUCGACAAGAACCGCGAGAAGCCCCAGGAUGGCACCACCGGUACUGAGGGAGGCGUCUCCGAGAAGGACAAGGCCCGCAAGGCCCACGAGGGCAAGACGGGCGAAAAGCUCGUCAACCAGCCUGAGGCGCCCAAGGAGCACCCUCCGAUCCCCCACAGCGAGGAGAAGAAGAUUGAAAAGGGCAAAGACAAGACCAAGGGAGCAGAUGUCGACAAGGAAAAGUCAAAGUCCAAGUCGUCGUCCGACAAGGAUAAACCCGAUGAUCUCCCCGACAUGGACCGCGAACAGGUGGCGCCACCCCUCCCCGACUCGGCAAAGAAGGAUCACCUCGACAUCUCCAAGCCCAAGGCCGGAAGCUCCUCAUCUUCAGCUCUGAAUCCCACAGACGAAGAAGAGGGCAUCAUCCAGCCUUUCCACUCCUUUAUCCUGUCCUUCACCAUGAUCCUGGUUUCCGAGGUUGGCGACAAGACGUUCUUGGUGGCGGCCCUCAUGGCCAUGAAGCACGACCGCAUGGUCGUCUUUUCUGCCGCCUUUGGUGCCCUCCUUGUCAUGACGGUCCUGUCCGCUGUUCUGGGCCACGCCGUCCCCGCCCUGAUCCCCAAGCGUCUGACUGGCCUCCUCGCCGCCGGUCUGUUCUUUGUCUUUGGAGCCAGGCUCCUGCGAGAGGGAAUGCAGAUGGACCCCAACGAGGGCGUCACUGCCGAGCUGCAUGAAGUGGAACAAGAACUCGCCGAGAAGGAAAAGGAGCUCGAGCGUAGGGGCGGGUCCAUCUCCGGCGAUGCCUUGGAAAUGGGCCUCGGCGGCAGGACUUCGCGCAAGAGCAGGUUUCCCUCCCCGCGAUCGCCCUCGGAGUCGCCGUCCCGGAUGCCCUCGCGCAAGUCGGGAGGCGCCAACGGCUUCGUUAGCGGCAUCAGCAACCUGUGCUCCCUCAUCCUCAGCCCUGCAUGGGUCCAGACCUUUGUCAUGACCUUCCUGGGCGAGUGGGGAGACCGAAGCCAGAUCGCCACCAUUGCCAUGGCUGCCGGGCAGGAUUACUGGUGGGUGACGCUCGGUGCUUUGGCCGGGCAUUGCAUUUGCACGGGCGUUGCAGUCAUUGGCGGCCGAGCCAUUGCCGGACGCGUCAGUCUCAAAGUUGUGACCGUUGGCGGCGCCGUUGCCUUCUUGCUCUUUGGCAUCAUUUACCUCGUCGAGGCUCUCUACGCAUAAAGGUCUCUGGCCUCAUAUCAUUGAUAUAAUACUAGCUUGAUUCUAAUUGAACAUCACUCUGCUUCAUUCGGUCGACCCUCAGAAGGAAUGUCUUUCCGCACGGCGCUUAUUCCCUUCAUUAUCCAUGAUCCUCUCGCCUCGUCAACAGGAUAUCAGCAAGCGCAAAGUCUGAUCUAGGCCUGCACGAUGAGCAUACUUUGUCAGCUAUUUUAAUUGCUCGUUGUCCCUUCUCUCU